AUGGAAAAUGACCAGGUGAAAUUACUGUGGGAUUUCAGAAUUCAAACCGACCAUCAUUUAGAUCAUAACAGACCCGAUAUAGUCGUACUGAAAAAGGCGAGCAAAGUGUGCCAAAUCAUCGAUGUGGCAUGUCCUUUUGAUACCAGAAUUGCAGAAAAAGAACGAGAGAAGAUCAACCAGUGGAAACACAGAAAAUGUGGAACUGCAAAAGCGCAUCUGUUGCUCCAAAUUGUAAUUGUGGCACUUGGGGCAGUGACCAAAAACUUGAUGAUGUGGGUUACUAAGCCCCAUUUACACGCGCUAAAAAAAUCCGCACGGCACGCCAAAUUUUUGGCACCGUGCUGACGAUUUUAAGGCACGGCACCCCCAAUUUUCGACGUGUAAACGUAUCGGUCCCAAAUGUAAUGUGGCACCAGUGCUCAAAAUUUUAGGGGUGCCGGGACUACCUCCCGGAGGUAGUCUCGGCACGGGUAAACGAGGCACGGUGCCAAAAAUUUGGCUAGCCGUGCCGAUUUUUUUAGCGAGUGUAAAUGGGGUUUAAGAUAGGAACACCUAAGAUCUUGAAUUUACUUCAGAAAGCCUGCUUGUUAGGAACAGGAAAGAUAUUAAGAAGGAUCCUAGACACCUAAGGCUAUAGGAAAUAACUUAGUGACCUAGGGAUACGUGACCACCGAUACACCUAGUGGUGUGAGAUAUGAACAAUAAUAAUAAUAAUUUCUAAUCAUGCUUUGCAUCAGCAGGCUGAUGUUGACAGGCUUUUCUUUCAAAGAUCAGAGGGUGGUAUAGGAUUAAUGAGUGUUGAGGACUCUAUAAAGAGUGAGAUCAAUAGUCUUAGCCGGGAUGUUGAGAGUUGUCACGGUUCCCUUGUUGGAGGAGGUGUACAAGGAAAAAAAAAUUCUAAGAUGUUAUGCUAAAAGUUGUGAAACCGGAUCAUUACAGCAAGAAAGAAAAGAGAAAAGAGCACUUCCAAGAGAAAUAACUUCCUGGGUAGUUUUGGACGAACACAGCAGAAGUAAGAGACAAAAAGACGUGGAAGGGGCUGAAAAAAGGCAGACUAAAGAAGGAGACGGAGGGUAUAAUUAUGGCAGCACAAGACCAAGCAUUAAGAAGUAAUAGUAUCAAAAGGAUUAUAGACAAGCAAAAUGUGUCUGCAAAGUGUAAAAUGUGUGGAGAAGGAGAUGAGACAGUUAGCCAUAUUGAAUAGGAAUGCAAGAAACUUGCUCAAAAGAAAUAGCGAUGAUGGAGGCACGACAAGUUGGCGCAGGAGAUUCAUUGGGAAAUAUGUGGAAAGUUGGGUUAUGACAGGGAUGAAAAAUAAUUUACAAUGAUGAGCCACAACAGGUGUGUGAAUCCACUAACAAUAAGCUGCUGUGGGAUUUCAAAAUACAGACUGACAACAAGAUUGAACACAACAAGCCUGAUAUUGUGAUACUGGAUAAGAUAGAACGCAAAUUUCUGAUUAUUGAUGUUGCCUGUUCACUUGACAUCGGAGUGAAAGGCAAAGAGAAAGAG